AUGGAUAAUCUAAGAAGUAAAACUGUAAUAAUUCUUGAUCAUAGUAGUUUUUUUGCUCGUCCAUCGGGUGUUACAUUUAAUGUUAAUGUUCAAAAUAGUGAUCAACUACAAAACGAUCAAAUAACUAAUGAGAAUAGCCUUGGCAUAAAAUCAUUGUGGACAUGUGUAGUCGAAUGUGUUCUUGAAUAUUGUCGAAUCUUAUUUGAUAUUUUCGAAGAUGAUGCAUUAAUUACAUUGAUUGUCACGGGAAUUGAUCAACGUGAUCAAUCAUCAUGGUGGAAUCGAUAUAAAAAUCUUUCACAAUGUAUGGAUUUUUUUGCUGGUAUUCAACCACCAAAUGAACGUCCAUUAAUCAAUGAUGAUGAUCUUUUAAAACAUUCACUGAAUGAAGCAAUAACUGCUUUAUGUACAAGAUCAAAAAAACAAAUUAUCCCAAGUGAUAUAGAUUAUGCAAAUAGUGGACAUAUUAUUCUUUUUUCUACUUAUAACAAUGAACGUAUUGAAACGAUUGAAAGAGAUGCUCAAACAUUUCAUGAAUCUCAUAAUCAUAUGGCACUCGAAAUGACUGAUUUUGUUCCAUUAACAAAAUGUGAUUUAACAUUAGUUGAUGUUCGGCCUCUUGAUCAAUCUGUACCGUCAUCAAAUGUUGAAUUUCACUCAAUAAGUUCGAUUCUCCAUCGUUCACUUUAUUACGCCCAAGCUGGUCAGAUGUUAUUUAGGCGAAUGUUACAAAUGUUGUUGAAACAACAUAAUUUAGCAUUAACAACAGUAACUGGUAUUCCGAUGAAAGAAGAUGUUGCUUCACGUUCAAGUUUAAAUUAUGAUGUUGAUAUUGUUCAUCCGGCUGAAGUUCAUCAUAGUUUACGUGAACGAGCACCAUUAAAAUAUUGGCGUCAAAUAAAAGAUGAUGUGGAAACAAUCGUUCUUAAAUGGAGUGCAUUUUCUUAUGACCCAGAAAAUUAUUACGAUACGUAUUCAGCCUAUCGUUUUUCGCCAUUAGAUGUCAAUAGUCGUGAAUCAGCAUGUUUAACUAAUUUUUUACUUAGUGGUAAAUGUGUUUUACUUGAACUUGGAAAUUUACCAAAUGAAUGUGUAGUAAAUAUAAAUGAAUAUGGCGAUGAGACAAGUUUGAAUACGUCUGACAUUGAUAUUUCAUCAACAACAAAUAGACUCUUUUCUCAUAUGAUAAUCUCACAUAAUCAAGAAUUAAUGAUACAUGCUAUUGCCUUUGGUUCGAAUAAUCCAAUGAGUAAAAUUGGUUCAUCUUAUAUAGUUAAUCAAGAAAAAGAUAAUAUAUCAAUAAAUGAUUUAGAAGAAUUAAUAGAUGAAAUUGAUGAUGACACACUAGAAAAAGAUUUACGUGUAGAAAGUUUUAUCAAUGUUAUACGUACAACAACACUUUACCCAUUGGAAACAAUGACAAGUGGAAAAAUUCCAAUUGAAGAUUCUCUUCGGCUACUUGAACGGCAUACACGUCGAUGUCCAUUAUUAGCAAAUGAGACAAUUCUUUUCAAUAUGCCUCCACCGAUGAACCUAUUAAUAAGUUUAAUAUUACGUGAAAAAUUAUCAGAUGAAGAUGUUUCAAAGUGUCUAAUGGCUCUAAAAUAUAUUGAUAAUAUGGAACGAAAUGGUGAAACAUUGCCAGUACCAAAUAAUUUUCAAUAUACAACAAAAAUUGUGACUAACAAAGCAAAAAAAGAUGAAACGUAUCGUUUUUUAUGGCGUGAAAUCGAAUAUUUUGUUCGUGGUUAUAAAGAUACAUCGGAUAGUCAUCGACAUAUUUAUCAAAAUAUUCUCGAUCGACGAAAAUCAGAAAUUGAAAAUGAUUCAUCGAUCUAUCAAAGUAAUAAAAUUGAUUUCACUUUUCCAACUGAUGAAUCAACUUCGACUGUAUCAACGAUGACAAAACGAGAAAAACAAUUUCAAGAGAAUAAUGAAAAAACUACUGGUCGAGUGUGGACAGAAUUUAGUGAUAUUAAACAAAUCGUUGCUGGGAAUUCAUUACGUGAUAUGUGGAAUAGAAAACAACAAGAAAAAAGAGCACCUGAAUUCGAUGGUCGAAGUGAAUAUCCUCCACCACGACUUAUCCCACUUUAUGUUAAUUUAAAUACUAAAACUUCUCUGUCAAAUACUGGUGUUGUUCCAUCUGUAUCAGUAACAAAUUUAUCUGAAAAGAUUUAA